GAAGCGAUGUACGUCACACAGGCACAGCGCUGCUGGUAAAAGUGAUCCAGUUUCUCCGCGCAAAUGGAGUUCUUCCUCAACUCACCGAUGAAACUCAUACUUUUUGCAGUGUGGCUUUCAACUGUGCUGGAUCCAUGCAAAUUAUCUGACAUUUGCAAGUCCUGUCACCAGCACGCAAGCUGUCGGUCAAUGAAUGGCUCCAGUAAAGCAUGUUACUGCAACCAUGGGUAUUCUGGUGAUGGGCGCAAUGACUGCAGAGACGACAACGAGUGUGCAAACGUUACGAACAUCUGUGGUGAGAACGCCGUGUGCAACAACACAGAGGGAAGCUACGACUGUACCUGCAAUACUGGCUAUAAAUCAACCGGAAAAGUGAAUUUUCAAACUAACGAUGGAACCCACUGCACUGAUAUUGAUGAGUGUGAGGACGGUCAGAUAUGCGGCUUGUACUCCAAAUGCCACAAUACAAAUGGAGCUUUCUACUGCUCGUGCCUGAGAGAUUACACAGCGUCAUCAGGAGCCGGCAGGUUUCUGCCGACGAGUGGUAUAGAGUGCAAAGAGGACCCAAAAAAGGACUGUCAUCUUAACAGGGACUGUAUUUCACAGGCUGUUAAUACAACAGUAAAAAAUAUAAUUAACCUGCCAGAUCCACAACAACAAAUGGAGGAGAUAAGGAAGCAAACAUUAGGUGAACUCGCCCCAGUUGCUGUCAUCUCUUACAUCGAAGCCAUGGCCAUCUCCACCUCACUUUUCUCAAAUCAGACUCAGAAAGAAAGUGCCAUAAACACAACUAUCAGGAGUUUGGUGGAGAGUGUGAAUAACCUCGCUGAGAAGGACGAAAAGGUGGCAUGGGACAGAAUGAGUGAGGAUGUAAAGGACUAUUGCAUCACUAAGCUCCUGCACACGGCUGAGCAGGGGGCACUGACUCUGUCUAAAGCCUACAAACAGGCAGUCGAGGUGGAGGUCAGCACCACAGAUGUAGAUCUCAAACUCUUUAAAUUCGACCCUCGCAAACAACGUAAGCCCAGAGUCUCAGUUUCCAUCGGAGGAGAUUCCAUUUCAUUGAAGGCCAGAUACAGCAGAGAGCAAAGUAAAAAUGGGAGCGUCUCUGUGAUAUUCCUCCACUACGACAGCAUUGGGCCUCUGCUAAAACCCACUUCUGACCCUGGCGUGACAGACUACAGUCGCUAUGCAGCAGCUGGGGAGAUCACGGUAAACUCUCCUGUAAUAGCUGCUGCUGUAACUCCACCCAGUGCUUUCCCCUUGGAGCGUGUGACCUUCACACUGAAACACAGUGAGCCCAUAGACCCGGAAAACGAUGAAACUAAAUGUGCAUUCUGGGACUACUCACCCACCAAAAUGAGGGGUCACUGGUCCCUGGAAGGUUGUGAGCGUACUUCCGCCAACAGGAGCCACACCACGUGCUCCUGCAAUCAUCUGACACACUUCGCCAUACUCAUGUCCUCUGGCCGGGCCAAUCUUGCAGCUCACUAUAACGUGCUGACCCGCAUCACCCAGCUGGGCAUGGUGAUCUCCAUCAUCUGUCUCUUCAUGUGCAUCUUCACCUUCUGGUUCUUCAGCGAGAUCCAAAGCACCAGGACCACCAUCCACAAGAACCUGUGCUGCAGCCUUUUCAUGGCAGAGUUUAUCUUUCUGGUUGGGAUAAAUAUGUACACACACAAAUUGUUUUGCUCAGUGGUCGCUGGCUUGCUGCAUUACUUCUUCCUGGCUGCUUUCGCCUGGAUGUGUAUUGAGGGUAUACACCUGUACCUGAUUGUUGUUGGAGUCAUCUACAACAAAGGCUUUCUGCAUCGCAACUUCUACGUCUUUGGCUACGGAAGUCCUGCAGUGGUUGUUGCAAUUUCUGCAACUCUCGGCUACAAAUACUACGGUACAAGUACAGUGUGUUGGCUAAGCACAGAAAAAAGUUUCAUCUGGAGUUUCAUCGGACCUGCAUGUCUGAUUAUUCUGGUUAAUUUGUUGGCUUUCGCAGUUAUCAUCUAUAAAGUCUAUCGUCAUACAGCAGUAAAGAAACCUGAGAUCAGCCACUAUGAAAAUAUCAGGUCUUGUGCUAGAGGAGCUCUGGCCCUCUUGUUCGUUCUUGGAGCUACAUGGACUUUGGGCGUGGUGCACAUUCUCAAUGAGACGACUCUCACAGCCUAUCUCUUCACGUUUGCCAACGCCUUCCAAGGAAUGUUCAUCUUCAUCUUCCUCUGUGUUUUGUCCAGAAAGAUUCAAGAAGAAUACUACAGACUGUUCAAGAACGUUCCGUGCUGUUUUGAAUGCCUGAGAUGAAGAAAACACAAUAUCAGCAGCUUCCACUGCAACAGCAUACUGAAAAUGUUUAUAUGAAUCAGAACGCUACACUUUGUAAAUAAGAAAAUCACAAUUAGUUAUUGUCUAAAAGACGAGAUAUUGGGGAAUAGGUUUCUGGAAAAACAAAAGAAUAGUUUGUAUAGAGUAGCACAUAGCAUAUAGAGUUGCUCCAAAUAUUUAUUUUUAAGAAUUAAAAUGCAAAAACAUGUUCAUGUAAAUGUAAAAAUAACUACUUUUAGUAUAGAAGAGAUGCAACAUAGAUACGGUUUGAUCAGUUCCAAGUUAAACAAGCACUAAAACAUGAUUUUAAAAGAAUGAUUCUGAGACUGACAUAUUGAAGAGUAGUAAUUGGUUUACCUAUGUCAUUUAUUCUAAUGGCUUGGUUCAUAUACAAUCUAUGAAAAUGUCUUUGCUUCAGUAUAGUUUUGAUGAAUUCUUGAUACUUUUUAAGUUACAUAACUCAACUGAUCAUUAUAUGAAUAAUUGUUAAUAUUCACUGUGGGCACUUAUGAAGGUUAGCUGCUGUGCACAGUACCAUGAUGUGCUUAAGUAAAAUGUCGUUUUUCCUUUUUAUACUCAAAAAUAGUACUGUACCGCUAUUUAAAACACAAAAAAAAUCUACUUUAUUUGCAGUAACUAGAGUUACAUGUAAUUAUUUGUCUUCUGUAUGUACUGUAUAACUUUAGUGUUUCUCUAUCCUGAUCCUGGAGGCACCCUGCCCUGCACAUUUUAGUGCUUUUCCUGCUUUAACACACCCACUGCAACUGAACUGAUUUGGUAAUUCACUGAUUAGUUGAAUCAGGUGUGCCUCCAACACACUGGUAUAUUUCAUUAACUGUCAUUAAUUGACUUAUGAGUAGUUUAGAUAUUCUUCAUUUACACUACAAAGAUUUAAAAAAUGAUUCAUUAGUUUGGUGUCAAUUGGUUGCAGACAAUGUCUGAUGGCUUUGCAGUAGCUAAUGAAGCAUUAGAAAUUAUUUUUUUACUUGUUAAUUUGUAUUUUUAAGCUCCAAAUGUCUUUUUGUCUUUAAUUACUCAAUUCAAGUAGUUUGGCUUGUCUUUUUGUUUUGGAUGUGUUUAUAAUUGAUUCAAAUAAAUGCAUUCAAGAACAUGACUGAUA